UUACAAACUUUGGAAUUAGAGAUAAUAUAUGAGGUAAUUCAGCAUCACGUGCAUAUCCUUAAUAUUGGCUUUUUCCCAUUUAAGGAUUAAUUUCCAUGCACCUGAUAUGCUCUUCACAAAUCUAGACAUUCAUCUGCCACUAUUGUUUGCCUUCCAUACGCGUGCACACCAUGCAAUUGUCCUCUUCUACCAUGUCUCUCACUUUCACUCUUUAAUCUUUAUAUAUAUAUAUAUAUAAUUAAUUAAUUAAUUAGUAAUUAAAGUCCAAUUAAACCUUAGACGCUCAAAGCGAUGGUCAUCUCCAAGUUCUUGCUCGCUUCCCUCUUCAUCUCUCUCUUCGUUCUUCAGCUCGCCAAAGCUACUCAAACGCAGGAAAACACAAAUCUAAAUGCGAGUCCUAUACCGAAAAUUGACUGUGGUAGCGCCUGUAGUAAUAGGUGCCGGUUAGCUUCGAGACAAAGGUUAUGCCAUAGGGCAUGUGGGACUUGCUGUGCACGCUGCAACUGUGUUCCGCCGGGAACUUCCGGCAACCAUGAGGUCUGCCCCUGCUACGCUAGCUUGACUACUCACGGUGGUCGGCGCAAGUGUCCUUGAACCUAAACCCCUCUUUCUACCUGUAUAAACAAUGUGUAAUAGUGAAAGAAAUAAAUCAAGUUUGGAAGCCAGCCAGAAGAUAAUUAAGCCACUGUAUCAAAGAAGCUAAUUAAGCCAGAAAAACGUAUCUUAAUAAAUAAUUAAGUAGAGAUGUAAACUUAAAAGCAA